ACAAACAAUUAUGUUCACCACUGACCAAGGUGCCCUAGGACAUUCCUCUACAACUACGUUGACGUUAUUAAAAUGAUUGUGAAGUAUUUUUUAAUUUGGCUGGUGGUGAGCGCGGCGACAACUGAGUCGCGCACCGACAGCUGCCUGACGGGUUAUAUGACCGACGUGCAAGGCUGGGUCGACGCCCGCGGCAGACUCACCAACCGAGCACCGCUGGCCAACAGAAUCGAUGUGUCCUAUCGGAGCGGGAUAAUUCAGAGGCUCUUUGGCGCGCUGAGGGAGUUUAAAUGCUCGCGGAACGGCUCGGGCGGUGGCGUCGAGUACCUGAGCAUGGCGAAAGGCCAACUGCAGCAGGUGCCAAGGAUUUUUGGCAACAGCGAUAACUGCGGACAAAUACUUGCCGUAACAGUAACAUAUAUGACGCUGUACGGAAAUCACUUUGGACCAAAAAGAUCGAUUGUGGCGUCAAUAAAUUUGAUAAAUAAUAAUGAUACGUGGUCGUACGGAUUCCGCGGAGUUCGUUUCCCACAUCUCCGUGAGUUGGAUUUAAGGUUUUGCGGCAUCGCUGAGUUGGAAGCUGGCAUUUUCAGCGACAUGAUUAAUCUCGAAAAGUUGUAUCUUGGAGAGAAUAAUAUCUAUACAAUAGACGAACACACUUUCAGGGGUCUAAGGAGACUAAUGCAUUUAGAUAUGAGUAGAAUAGAUCGAGGCAUGCAUUUUUCCGACAUAAAUGUUUUCGCUGAGAUGGUACGUCUGAAUUCACUAGAUCUAUCUCUCACGAAGCUGGCGCAGCGCGACCUUCUCGCAUUCAGAAGUGUAAGCAGAAGUUUGCAAAGGCUGUCCAUAUGUCAUUCCGGAUUGUCAAAUAUGGGCCCAAAUUUCUUUGCGAACACAUCAAUGAGAUUUCUAGAUGUUUCGGGAAACACAAAUAUUUUUGAUGACGUAAGAGCUUUGCGGGGGGUCGAAUCUACCUUGCAAGUUAUAUACGCCGAUGACAUCGCACUCAGAACUAUGCAAGUCUUUGAAAAUUUGAAUUCAUUAGAAAUAUUAAGAGUAUCCAAUAAUGAAAUUAGUUCAAUAGACAAAAGUACAACUAAGACCUUGGAACACCUUCAGGUCUUGAUUAUGGACUCGAACAGACUAACGACCUGGUUUACACCGGCUGUAUCUUUGAUGUGGAGGUUAAAAUUUUUAUCUUUGAGAAAUAACAACAUUAACUUGAUAUCCGAGGAAAUGAUGGUAGAUUUAAGAAACGUAUCAUACGUUGGCUUUUCGGGAAAUAACAUUGUGUGCAAUUGCAAUGCUAGAGAAUUGUACGAGUUGGCCGCGAGGAAUGAGAAGACCAGAGACCAGGAUCUCAUCUUCCCACUAAACAAUAACGAAAUGAGAAGCAUAGUGUACCACAGGGGCUUCACUGACGUGAAUCACAUGAUAACAGAACGGUUACACGUGGCGCCGACUUGUUCCGAGGGAGAGUGCGACGAGACCGCCGCCAUUGAAACCAAAGGCAACUACCUCAUCUUUGACUACGACCUGCCGUCGUACCAUUGCAUGCAGGCGGCUGAAGGGAGGUCUAUGUCAUUCGGAAGGGUCCCGUUCUGUAAAACGCGCAAAGACAUUGAUUACGAUGAAGUUAUUUCGGAGACCUGGAAUACGUUGUAUUUGUUGACAUUGCCUGCAUUAUUAUUACCUGUUUGUAUUUUCGGAUAUAUUUUUAAUCGGAAUAUCAGAUAUUUCUUUAUAACUAUGAGGAAUUCUGCAAUGUUGAGUUUAAUCAACAAGGAUGAAGUUAUUGACGAGAACACGAUCUUUCACUACGACGUGUUCGUGUCGUACUGCCACGAGGACCGCGGCUGGGUGCUGGACCAGCUGCUGCCGCACGUCGAGGUCGACGCCAACGUCAGCGUCUGUCUGCACGAGCGGGACUUCAUGGUGGGAUUAUCCAUCCUUGAGAAUAUUGUUUCGUGCAUGGAUCGCUCCAAGACUAUCCUGCUAAUCCUCUCGCAGAAGUUUCUGUUAAGUCAGUGGUGUCAGUUUGAAAUGCAUCUUGCACAGCAUAGACUUUUAGAAACGAGACGUGAGGAUCUGAUCCUAGUUCUUCUAGAAGAGAUACCGCGACGUGUCCGGCCCAACACGCUGCACUACCUCAUGAUGACCAACACGUACAUCGUGUGGCCGAAGGAGGAGGCUGAACAACCUAUGUUCUGGAGACGAUUGAACAAGAGUUUGAUUACGCACAAAAUGAGGCAAAGCAGCACGGAUUCCUUGGCGUAAAUACAAUAAUAGAGAAAAGAGGACUUAUUGUGAAACAGAAGAUUAAAAAUUAGGAUGAAGCAUAAUGGUGGAUAUGUAUGUGUAGAACCAUAAGCGUGGGCGUCGCCAGCCGACGAUCUAGAGAGGCCCCCUCCCGAUUAGGAGGGGGGGGGGGCUAGUAGUAAAAAUAUUGUUUUAUGCUCAACACGUAGUUUAAUUCUUAAUUAAGCCAAAAAACUGACAAGUCGGGUUUGAGUUAUCUAUGUGGGUCUUUAGGAAUUGGGGCAGGUGCUUUGAGUUAUUUCAAUAUCGAUUGUAUGAAUUUCGAAUCUCUAAGGGGGAGCAUCUGCCCCCCUUGCCUCUCUCUGGCGACGCCCAUUUUCAAAGGAUAGAGUGAAUCAGAGGUCAGAGAAAACAGACAUAGAUAAAAAGGAAAAAAACAAUGUUUGUUUUUGGUGUAUAACGAUAAACAAAAAUCUCCCAAGUAACACAACAUGCGUUUAAUUCUGGUUUAAGUGUCAUACUUGUGACAGUAUUACAUUUCUAUGAGUUAUUGCACUUAAGUAAAUAUUUUGUUAACUUAAAUUGAUAUCGAAUUAAUUGACUUAGUAUCAAUCGAUAAAUGUGAAAAAUAAAUCAUCAAUCAGUUUGAAAAUAUUUAAAUAUAUGUUUUUUAUCUUC